AUGAAUAAAACAGUUGGACCACCAACUAUCACACCAACUGGUUUAUCAGGUGGUAUGAAUUCGACGACAGGUAGUAGCUCAACUAGUAAUAUCUACUCUUCAUAUUAUAAAGCAAUUGACCAAUUUCAAAAUAAAAAUACAACAGAUAAAGAUUUACAUGAAACAUUAAAACAAGGUCCAAUCUCUUCAAAUUUAUUUUAUAAUAACUUUUUAAAUGAAUUAAAUAAUAAAAAUAAUAAUUUUAAUAAUAAUAAUAACAAUAAUAAUAAUAAUAAUAGUAACAGUAAUAAUAAUAAUAAUAAUAACAGUAAUAUUGUUUAUAGUAAUAACAUGAGUAAUAAUUAUAAUAAUAACUACAAUAAUAGAUUCAAAAAAUAA